UGUCCGCCCAUGGAACCCGCCCCGGCGGCGGCCACUGAAGAAGUGGGAGUGGAAGAGGAGGCGGUGGAGGCGCCGCCGGUCAUCUACACCAUGGAGAACAAGCCCAUCGUUACCUGUGCUGGAGAUCAGAAUCUCUUCAGUUCUCUGUAUCCCACACUUUCUCAGCAGCUUCCAAGAGAGCCCAUGGAAUGGAGAAGGUCUUAUGGCCGUGCCCCAAAGAUGAUUCAUCUAGAAUCUAAUUUUGUACAAUUUAAAGAAGAACUACUGCCUAAAGAAGGAAACAAAGCUCUUCUAACAUUUCCUUUUCUCCAUAUUUAUUGGACAGAAUGUUGUGACACAGAAGUAUACAAAGCAACAGUAAAAGAUGACAUCACCAAGUGGCAAAAUGUUCUGAAAGUUCAUAGCUCUAUGGAUUGGUUAAUCGUGGUGGUAGAAUGUGAUGCCAAGAAAAAAAACAAAACCAAUAUCCUUCCUCGAACAUCUAUAGUAGAUAAAAUAAGAAAUGACUUCUGUAACAAGCAGAGUGAUAGGUGUGUAGUGUUGUCUGACCCCCUGAAAGAUUCUUCCCGCUCUCAGGAGUCCUGGAAUGCCUUCCUGACAAAACUCAGGACACUGCUUCUCAUGUCAUUUACCAAAAACUUGGGCAAAUUUGAGGAUGACAUGAGAACGUUGAGGGAGAAGAGAACAGAACCAGGAUGGAGCUUUUGUGAAUAUUUUAUGGUCCAGGAGGAAUUGGCCUUUGUCUUUGAAAUGCUGCAGCAAUUUGAGGAUGCUCUGGUGCAGUAUGAUGAAUUAGAUGCGCUGUUCUCCCAAUACGUUGUCAACUUUGGUGCUGGUGAUGGGGCAAAUUGGCUGACAUUUUUCUGCCAGCCAGUGCGAAGUUGGAAUGGGCUGGUACUCCGCAAACCAAUAGACAUGGAGAAAAGAGAACUGAUUCAGAACCAGGAAGCCACUCUAUUAGAUUUGCGCAGUUACUUAUUUUCUCGCCAGUGCACAUUGCUCAUCUUCCUUCAGAGGCCAUGGGAAGUAUCUCAGCGAGCACUAGAACUCCUCCAUAACUGUGUGCAAGAGCUAAAGCUCCUUGAAGUCUCUGUUCCUCCUGGUGCUUUGGAUUGUUGGGUGUUCUUAAGUUGCCUGGAGGUUCUGCAAAGAAUAGAAGGCUGCUGUGAUCGGUCUCAGAUUGAUGCCAAUGUUUCCCACACAGUUGGCUUAUGGAGCUAUGCCACUGAAAAGCUAAAAUCUCUGGGUUACCUGUGUGGUCUUGUGUCAGAAAAUGGGCCCAAUUCAGAAGAUCUUAAUAGAACAGUUGAUCUUCUAGCAGGACUUGGAGCUGAACGCCCUGAAACAGCCAAUACAGCACAGUCUCCUUAUAAGAAACUGAAAGAGGCCUUAUCAUCUGUAGAAGCUUUUGAAAAGCACUAUUUAGAUCUUUCCCAUGCCACCAUUGAAAUGUACACAAACAUUGGAAGAAUCCGCUCAGCCAAGCUUGUUGGAAAGGAUCUGGCAGAGUUUUAUAUGAAGAAGAGGAGUCCCCAAAAGGCUGAAGUGUAUCUUCAAGGAGCAUUAAAGACUUACCUUGCCGAGGGGUGGGCAUUGCUUAUUACGCAUACACGGAAACAACUAGCAGAAUGUCAGAAACACCUUGGACAAACUGAAAACUAUCUCCAAACAAGCAGCCUGCUAGCUGCUGAUACUAACUUGACAGAAGAAGAGCGCAAACACUUUUGCCAAGAGAUCUUAAAUUUUGCCAAACAGCCCUCAGAUGGCAAAGGUCAGAAAGUGAUAUUGUCCAUGCAUCCCUUCGCACAGUUGAAGAAUUUACAUUUUGAUCCUCCUAAUGCUGUGGUCCAUGUGGGUGGAAUGUUGUCAAUUGAACUGACAUUGGUUAACCAAAUGCCCAUCACGGUCAACAUUGAUCAGAUUGCCAUCAAUGUCCAUUUUAGCAUUGAAAAAAAUAGCUACCGGAAAACCGCUGAAUGGCUCACAAAACACAAGAUUUCCAAUGGUAUUAUCAGCUUUCCAAAUGAGGUUGUAGGUUUCUCUCUCUCAAGGAGUAGCUUGCCGAUGCUGGAGUUGUAUGAAAUGUAUGAAAGGAGUCCCUCGGAUAAUUCUUUGAACACGACAGGCAUCAUCUGCAAAAAUGUGCACAUGCUGUUGCGGCGGCAGGAGAGCAGUUCUUCUCUGGAAGUACCAACAGGGCUGUCUCUUGAAGAUGGUGCCCAUGUGUUAAAGUGUAGCAACAUGAUACUGGAACCAGGGGUCAAUAAAAUAACUUUCAAAACUCAGGGCAAGGAACCUGGGACAUAUACACUCAGGCAGUUAUGCAUUUCAGUGGGCAAAAUGCAGUUUGCCCUUCCUCAUAUUUACCCAAUUGUGCAGUAUGAUGUCUACUCUCAGGAGCCACAGCUAAAAGUGGAACCCUGCUCUGACGUUCUUUUGGCUGGGAUUCCUCAGAAGGUAAAAUUUACGGUGACUACUGGCCAUUACCCCAUGAAGAACAGUGAUGCCUUGCAGCUUAGUAAUGCUGAUGCUAUGCCAAUCCUGUACCAUCCAGAGAGCAAAGCAGUGAUUUAUUCAAACACCAGGGAAAAGAUAUCAGAAGCAUCACUAAUGAUCCAGUCAUCUGAGAAAAUCACUAGCAUCAGCUUGCCAAUGGCUCCUGCUUAUCAUGUGAUUGCCUUUGAGCUUGAAGUUCUGUACUUACCAUCAACCCCAGUAUGUAUGGUGGAAAAUGAAAACCUAUCUGGUAAAGAGCUUCGGAGAAAAAGCAAAGAUAAGGAGUCUUCUCACAAUUGCAUGGCUACAAUUGACCAAAAAGUAACCAUUGAUUGCCCAUGGUCAAUUUACUCUACAAUUAUUGCACUUACAUUCAGUAUACCCUUUAAGGCCAAAUAUUCCUUAUUAUCAGCAGGCAAAAGAAAAUAUAUACAGGUUUGUGUUCAGAACAUGUCCGAAAUAUGUUUUCAUUUAUCUGAUAGUAAUCUCAAAAGUUCUGAGAAUUGUACAGAUCUAAUUCUGGAUCCUCUAAAUUCCAAAGCUGAGCAGCGUAUCUAUAGUAAGCAAGCAGUAUUUUUUGUAUGGGAGCUGAAGUGGACAAAAGAUCUUCCCUCGUCCUUGCAGUGCCAGUUUUCAGUGAACUUCCGUUCAGCUCCCUCUGAAGAGCACUCACUUUCUUUGAAGCCGUACAUUUAUGAAUUCGAGUUGGAAAACUUUUUUACAUUAUAUAAUGUGAAAGCUGAGAUUUCCCCCCCAUUGGGGGCAGAAUAUUGUAAAACAGGCUCACUCUGCUCAUUGGAAGUGUCAAUUACCCGCCUUUCAGACCUCCUGGAUGUGGAUAAAGAUGAGGCAUUAACGGAAUCGGAUGGAUACUGUACAACAAAACUUUUGUAUGAAGUUGUAGAUAACAGUAGUAAUUGGGCAGUGUGUGGGAAGAGCUCUGGAGUGGUAUCUAUGCCUGUAGCAGCUCAAGCGACCCACAAAGUACACAUGGAAGUGAUGCCUCUCUUUGCUGGAUGCCUUCCUAUUCCUGAUGUCAGACUAUUUAAAUACCUCCCCCACCACUCUGCGCACUCUAUACAGCUUGAUGCUGACAGCUGGAUUGAAAAUGAUAAUCUUUCAGUGGACAAGAAUGUGGAUGAUCAAGCUGACAACAGUAGCAUAAAGAGCAGGAGCAGUGUACACUCAGCAACCAGUGCAGAACACAAAGGCUUGCCGAUGCCCCGUCUGCAAUCAUUUUCCCCUGGGCAGGUGUUCAACUCCAGUGCUGGCAUGCAGGUCCUUGUCAUUCCCAGCAAGGAUGAUCAUAUUUUAGAGGUUAAUGUCACAUGACACCUCUUGGUACAUGUGUGUAUACAUACAUACAUGAGACUUGAAUGUGAAUGCACUUUAAGGGAUCAUAAUCUGAUUGUACUUCAAUAAAACAUUCUAACGCUAAUGAGGCCUAUGGCAACUCAACCCUUACUGGCCAUGGAAGCAUCCACCAAUUGUAUCAAUUUAAAAUGUACAGUGAAGCUUGUGUCAGCUAGUUUAUAUUGCUACUUUAGAGUGUUUGUGUAAAAUGGAUUUUGGUUUCUCCCUUGCCCUCCCCACCCCCGCCACAUGAUGAAAUCUUAUUGCAAUUGGUUUUUUAAGUUGAGCAGCUUCCAAAACUGCUGCUUCUUUGGGAAUACUU